CACUUGCUGCAACAGCGCUUGAGCGGUGUGGUGUGACACGCAGAGCGCCAGGAUGGGAGCCAUCCUCGUGUACUUGCAGCACCAGGCGCUGCUGCUGUGGCUGGUGCUCGCGGUCGGCUGGGCCUGGUCCGGCCUGAACCGCCGUCGGGAGCGGCUGCGGCGCGUAGCGCUGCGGCGUGCCGCUGCUACUGCCAACAGCAGCGCCAGUACUGCUACUGCCGCCGCCGCUGAUGCACGCCAGCCAGAAGCGCAGGCACCAGCACCGCCGCCUCCGCCGCUUCCGCCGCCUGUGCCGCCGCCGCUGCCGCCCGUGAGUGUGGUGAUGCCUGUCAAGGGCUGCCGGCCGCACAGCCUAGCCAACUGGGAGAGCCACCUGGGCGCCACGUACGAUGGCCCCAUCGAAUUCGUGUUUGUGGUGGAGUCGCUGGAAGACCCCGCAGUGCCCGUGCUACUGCAGCUGGCGGCGGCGGCACCGGCAGUAGCAGGCGCUGCGCCGGCUGCAGCAGGGGCAGCCGCGCAAGCGGCUGUAGCAGCCCCGCCGGCCGCGCAGCCGCGCUGCCGCCGGCGUGUGCGGAUCGUGGUGGCGGGCCUGGCGACCACGUGCAGUCAGAAGGCUCACAACCUGUGUGCCGGCAUUGAGGCCUGCAGCUUCCUGGCCGGCUGGGCCGACGACGCCGCGGCAGCCGAGCAAGCUGCUGCAGCUACUGCUGCCACUGCCGCUGGUGCUGCUACUGCCGCCACUGCGGCUGGUGCUGCUACUGCCGCCACUGCCGCUCCUGCAGCUACUGCCUCAGUCCAGCAACCGCAGCGGCACACGUCGGCAGUAGCAGCCGACGCGAGGGCGGAGCACGCGGAAGACGGCGGCUGGGUUGUUGUGGAGGGCGGGCGAAACGGCGGCGGCGCCACAACCGCCACCACCGCCACCGCCACCGCUUCCAAUGCUGCUGCCGCUACCACAGCUACUGCUGCUGCUCCUGCCACUGGCAGUAGCACCAGCACCAGCACCACUACAGCUGCAGCUGCAGCUGCUGCAGCUGCAGCUGCUACAGCCGCUGGCGGCUACGUGCUGUGCCUGGAUGACGACGUGCAGCUGCACCCGGGCAGUGUGCGAGAGCUGGUGGGGGAGAUGGAGGCGGACACGGGGCUGUUCAUGGCCACGGGUGAGGUGGGGGAGAUGGAGGCGGACACGGGCCUGUUCAUGGCCACGGGUGAGGUGGGGGAGAUGGAGGCGGACACGGGCCUGUUCAUGGCCACGGGUGAGGUGGGGGAGAUGGAGGCGGACGUGGGGCUGUUCAUGGCCACGGGUGAGGUGGGGGAGAUGGAGGCGGACGUGGGGCUGUUCAUGGCCACGGGUGAGGUGGGGGAGAUGGAGGCGGACACGGGCCUGUUCAUGGCCACGGGUGAGGUGGGGGAGAUGGAGGCGGACACGGGCCUGUUCAUGGCCACGGGUGAGGUGGGGGAGAUGGAGGCGGACGUGGGGCUGUUCAUGGCCACGGGUGAGGUGGGGGAGAUGGAGGCGGACGUGGGGCUGUUCAUGGCCACGGGUGAGGUGGGGGAGAUGGAGGCGGACGUGGGGCUGUUCAUGGCCACGGGUGAGGUGGGGGAGAUGGAGGCGGACGUGGGGCUGUUCAUGGCCACGGGUGAGGUGGGGGAGAUGGAGGCGGACACGGGCCUGUUCAUGGCCACGGGUGAGGUGGGGGAGAUGGAGGCGGACACGGGCCUGUUCAUGGCCACGGGUGAGGUGGGGGAGAUGGAGGCGGACGUGGGGCUGUUCAUGGCCACGGGUGAGGUGGGGGAGAUGGAGGCGGACGUGGGGCUGUUCAUGGCCACGGGUGAGGUGGGGGAGAUGGAGGCGGACACGGGCCUGUUCAUGGCCACGGGCUACCCCUUCGACGUGCUGCCCCCCGGCUCCCGCCUGCCCGCCCACCUUGCGGCCGUGUACCACCUGCCCCUGCUCAUCGCCUUUAGCGUGCGCCCCGACACCGCCUUCGUGUGGGGCGGCUGCAUGGCGCUGAGGCGGAGGGCGCUGGUGCCGGGAGACCCCACAGGGCUGCUGCGGGCCUGGCGCGACGGCGGCUACAGUGACGACCUCAUCGCCGCCUCGCACUGCACCCAGCGCCGCCUACGCAUACGAGUGCCGCCCUUCGCCAUAUUCCCGCAGAGGCUGGACCCGCACAUGACGUGGCGCCAGUGGCUCAACUACCUGCACCGCCAGCUGUUUGUGCUGGACACGUACGCCGGCGCCCACAACCGCUCCACCAACCACACCCUCAUGGCGCUGCACUCGCUGCUGUCGUGGCUGCUGGUGCUGCCCAGCCUGGCGGCGCUGGCGACUGCAAUGAGUCGGUUGUGGGGUCUGGCGGCGGUGGCGGCCGCCGCCGCCCUGCCGCCCCUGCUGCGCCUGCUGCUGCUAAUGCUUGGCGGCGGCGGACCCCUAGCAGAACAGCAGCAGCUGCUACAGCCGCUGCUACAGCCCCUGCAGAUCCUGGCGGCGCUGGCGCUGCCGCCGCAGCUGCUACUGCCGCUGCAGAGCUGCCUAGGACAGCUAGAAGAGGCAGUAGCACCGGCGGCGGCGGCGGGGGCUGUAGCAGCUGCAGAUGCCGGUGUUGGUGCUGCUACAGCCUCGGGGCUGGCUUCGGGGUCGGUGGCGGCGGCGGCGGCGCGGCUGGGGUCGCUGCUGCUACAGCUGUUCCCGAGCGGCGUGGUGGCUGUAGCACUGGGCUGGGUGCUCGCGCACGCAGCCCUGGUGUUUAUGACAGCCGAGGUCCUGGGCCUUUUCCGCGAGCUCUCACCCCAACAACAGCAACAACCAACGACUCAGCACCCCUCCUCUACCACAUCUUCCUCCUCCGCUCCCUCCGCCUCCCCCUCCUCCGCUCCCUCCGCCUCCCCCUCCGCCCCCUCCGGCGACCGCGCCCUGCCGCUGCUGUGCUGGUACCGCUGGGGGCGGCUGUGGCUGGGCCUGCUGGCUGCCAACACCGCACUGCCGCCGCUGAUGGCCUGGGCCUACCUGUGGCCGCAGGUGGAGUGGGGCGGGGUGCUGUACCACAAGCGGCGCGGGCGGGUGGUGCCCGUGCGGAGGCGGCUGUACCCCGGAGGGCCCUGGGGCCCACCACUGCCCACCCCCGGCGCCGCCGCCGCCGCCUCCGGCACUGCUUCUGCCUGUGGCACUACCCCCGGCACCGCCGCCGCCUGUGGCACAGCUUCCGGCACCGCCGCACCCGCCGCCGCCGCCGCCGCCGCCGCCGCCGCCGCCGCGGCUGCACCGCCGCCUGCGACGUCGUGAGUAGUUGGGAGUGUUACGCAGGGGUGAAACCCUGGCUGUAGCCGGGAGCAACAGCAGCAGCAGCAGCAGCAGCGACAGCGGUACUAGCACCGGCAGCUGUCAGUUGUGGCUGUAGCAGCGGUGGGCAGCAAGUGUGAAUGCGUUCAAAUGUGGACGUGGCGGGGCGUGCGGCCGCCGGGGUUGCGCUGUUUGAGCGGUGGGCGUUGGCGUGGGGUGUGGGCGCGUGGACUGUUGGUGAGCGAAUGGGCAAUGCAUGCGUGCGUGUGCGUGCCAGCGCAAGGGAGCGCGAGUGCGUGCGGCAAGAGCUGUGGACGCGCAAAAGCAUGCUGAGGGUAUAAGUCGGAUUGGGCAUUAUUCACUAGUAUUAAUCCGGAGCAUGGCUGUUUGUGCGUCCAGCACUCGUCUAUCAGUACGCGUACUGCGUUUGAGGCCUCGGCAUUUGGGCUCGGGGCCUGCUAAGCGCGGUGUAAUCUUGGUGUUGCAUUAUGCUGCGUGGAGUGCGAAUUAUCAGGACUAGCGUUAGGUUGAGGCCGCGGGCUCCCGGGGCCGAGGCUGGAGCUGGCGGAUCUUUGGCGGGCGGGGUAACCCGUAAUGGCAGUUAGCCAGGCCAGCCGGCCAAACGUUGGGCCUGCGAGGCCGUGGCAUCUCGCUCCGCCAUU